AUGAGAGCAGCAGCCAUCUUGACCCUCGGGGCCGGCCUCGCCGCCGUCUCCGCCGCCGACUGCGCGGCACCCGGCGCCUACGACGGCCAGGGCCGGUACUCGUGCAACCCGGCCCACCAGUAUCCCAACGGCCAGCGCUGCACGACCGUCGACGGCUGCCCUCUGCUGGUCGACGCCAGCGGCCAGCCUAUUGUCAAGAGCACCGGCACGAGCAGCACCGUCGCCGGCGCCCAGCCGACCUCGACGUGCGUCGCCCCGGCGCCUACGAUAGCCAGGGCCGCCCACCAGUACCCUAACGGCCAGCGCUGCGUGACCAUUGACGGCUGCCCGCUCCUGGCGGAUGCCAACGGCCAGCCUAUUGUCAAGGGCGGCAGCACCGGUACCAGCUCGGCAGCGCAGCCGACCUCGACUUGCGUCGCGGGCGGCAGCUACGACGCCAAGGGCCGCUACUCGUGCAACCCGGCGCAUCAGUACCCCAACGGCCAGACGUGCAUCUCGAUUGACGGCUGCCCGCUCCUGGCUGACGCCAACGGCCAGCCUAUUGUGAACGGCGGCAGCACCUCGUCCGCCGCCGCCCAGCCCUCGUCGACCAACCCCGCGUGCGCCGCCCCCGGCGAGUACGACGGCCAGGGUCGGUACUCUUGCAACCCGGCACACCGGUACCCCGACGGCCAGCUGUGCAAGGUGACGGAUGGCUGCCCGUUGCUGUGCGGCGCCGACGGCAAGCCCAUUGUCAGAGCCGGCAACAACACCAGCGCCGGAACAAACGGCCAGCCUACUGCCGGCGUGCCGAUCGUGACCAACGGUGGCUCCGUUCUCGCUGGCGCCAUGGCGCUUGUUGCUGCUGCUCUGGCUGCUGUCAUUUGA